UUAAAGGCAAUAUCUGCUUCACUAUAGACUUGUUCAGUUGAAAACUUCUAGUGUAAAAUAACUAUGGCAGCGAUUAUGGAAUUAGUUGGAGAAUCAGUAAUAGAUGGAAAAGGGAAUGAAGUGUCUGUGAAAGAGAUAUGUAAAGAUAAAACAGUAAUUGGUAUCUAUUUCUCCGCCAGCUGGUGUCCACCGUGUCGCAGUUUCACACCUGUGUUGUCCCGGUUCCACAAGGCUAAUGAUAAAGACCUUGUUGUGAUUUUUGUCAGUUCAGACAUCGAUCAGGCUUCGUUUGAUGAAUACUUUGGGGAAAUGCCUUGGUAUGCGGUACCCUAUUCAAGCUCAAACAAAAAGGAACAACUCCGUGAAAAGUAUGCAAGCCGAGGAAUACCAAACCUCGUUGUUCUUAGACCUAAUGGUGAAAUAAUCGAAGCUAAUGGCCGGAGAACUGUACAGGAGGCGGCACAAAACAAUAUUUUCCCAGAAAAGUGGAAAUAAAAAUGUAGAGAAUUCUACAAGUGACCUGUUUCUUGUAAAUAUUUGAAUAUUUUGAACAUUUAUACAACAGCCUAUUUUUGUAUAAAUUCAUUGCAUUUGAUCCUUGAUUAGCUAUCUUUAUUGUAAUUUCUCUUGUUCACAUUAAUUAUCAUGUUUGUUGUCCAUAUUCUGUAUUAUGAUAUUAUUAUAUAUUUCCUGCCCUUUUAAAGUCCUCUUUGUGAUUUAUUUUCGUCUGCUCUUGCAUAGAAUUAAUUUUCCAGGUUCUUUCAAUUCUAAUUAUUAGUAAUUUCGCACAAAUGCUUACAUAAUUAACUUUUGUUACAUCAUUUUUUAUGUAUU